AUGUCUGAAAACAAUAAUAAAUCGACUGCAGAAGCAAAAACUGCAUCAGAUAGUACUAAUAAAACCCAAUCGGAGACUGCACCAAAGAAGGAUGAAGCGUGGGGUUACGAUUUGUACCCUGAAAGACGGGGCACUUUUACUCCAAAAUUAAGUAAUAUUCUAAUCGGUAAAGAAGGAAAAGAGAACAUUGAUAAGUUCAAAUGUGAACAGCACGUCUAUGACUGUGUCAAGAACAGUUCUAUUGUAAAGGUGAUGAUGGCUGCUUUGAAAAGUUCUGGAUGCCCUAUAGAUAUUCGGCGACAUAUAUCCUGUGAGAUAUGUGACUACUCUGUCAGUGGUGGUUACGACCCAGAAUUAAAUCAGAUAGUUGUCUGCCAAAAUGUUUCAACCCGUCAAGGAAUGGUGCAAGGAGUACUAGCUCAUGAAAUGAUACACAUGUUUGACUACUGCCGGAACCAAUUGGACUUCAAGAACAUGGAACAUCUAGCUUGCACAGAAAUUAGAGCAGCCAACCUCACACAUUGCUCAUUUGCAAGCGCCUGGUCACAGGGAGAUGCUUCGUGGGGCAAAAUUAAAAAGGCUCAUCAGGAUUGUGUGAAGACCAAGGCUCUAUAUUCUGUGUUGGCCGUCAGACAAAUUGGCAUGAAAGAGGCUGUGGACAUAAUAGAGAAAGUCUUCCCUAAGUGCUAUGAGGACCUGGAGCCAAUAGGAAGAAGGAUAAGGAGGAACUCUGAUGAUAUGCUCAAAGCAUUCAAAGAAGCAGCCUAUUAUGGGUACGAAUAG